CCUUAUCUUCUUUACUAUUAGAAUAUCUACUAAUGCUAAAAAUUUGAUCUUUAGAUAUAAUACGAGUUAAAGGGUAUACAUUUCUAGACGAAAUUACUCAGAUUUACUUUAUCUUCAUCAGAUAAGUAUCAAGCUAAAUCAACGUACUGCUAAGCAAACUGAAAAUAGUUGUAGAGUUUUCUGCCAGCAUUGAAGCGUCAUGCCUCAAAAGCUUUAGAGGUUCGUGAAACCUUUAAAACUCUGUCAAUGAGGUCUAUUAUGGAUCGGCUACGAAUCAGCAUCAGUUAUUCCUUUGGACAUAAACAAACUUCAACUCAAUAAAUCAGACUUUAGUAUCGCUUGCAGCACCCUGUAUAAAUGGAAAUUGCGCAUACUAAGUGCAAAUUGCGCAGAUUGAACCCAAUUUUGUGCUGCAGCGCAGUUGCAAUUCAACAGUCCAUAUUGAAAUACUUGGUAAAUUUUAGAACCGCAUAAAUAUGCUGUUAGUCAGACGCCAAGAGCUACCGUCUUGUUUAUUUAUAAUCUGUUUAACAGCAUUUUGUGUAAAACGCGUCGCCGAAGGUCUUGUAGCAUUUCCACGAGGAGGCUCACUGGGCUACUUAACAGCAGUAGCUAUACCGCUUGAUCUGCCUAAUAAGAAUGUGUAUGUGGCUUUUAAUUUUGAGGCAAAUUACGGAAUUCCACCAAAUGACUCCUACUACUACUGGGUGGAUCGGUGGAACAUAGAUAAGGAGAAUGUGGGUGUCGGUAAUGAUGUGACGCCUAUAAACAAUCGUCGACGUCGCAGCAUCGGCCAAACCUAUACACGCAAUGCUUUCUACCGCAGCAUUGUCGGCUAUCUGGAUUAUUAUGACAUGAAUGGCACUGGCUGUCUGUUGAGGACAAUUUGCGAUGUGUCCGCUUCCAAUUUGGAUGAGCAUAAUGGACUGCUCGGCACUCUUUUCAAAAUCCUCUUCAUGCCAACGACAUCCGCCCUUGAAAAUGAAAACACACUCGACUAUGUGGAUACUUACGCUGCGGAGGCGCAUGGUCUCAAUGGUGAUUGCACGCAAUAUGGACAAUGGUGUCCGCAUGGACUACUUCAGCUGAUAUCCGAAUGGUUUUAGCUGAGAUUGCGCCAGGGAAAUUUACGUGGACAAUAAUGUAAAUGUCAUUUAAAUUAUGUGUUGGAAAAGAAUUUGUUGCUUUUUUAUUUAUGCUA